GUGAGAAACCUCUGCUACAUGGUAAGCAGGAGAGAGAAACUGAAGUUGUCUCACAGUAAAGUACACGAACAGGUCUUCAAUUUGCAAGUCCAGCUUAUUAAUCAGGAAAUUGCUGCAGGCCAUGCCCUGACAAGUGCACUAGAGAACACGCUGUUCUACCCACCUCCCAGGAUCACCCUGAAGUUAAAAAUGCCCAAAUCAGCACUAGGAGACUGCAGGAAUAACUCGCUGAAGCCUGGCAACAGACCGCUUUCUCCCGACAACAACAGCACUGUUUACAGCAAACGGAGCGUGCCAAUGUCAAAGGAAUCGUUCGAAAUUAAAGCAAAAUCUUACUCCAGGUAUCAGCACGACAGCAGAAGUAACGGGUUGCUGGCAGGGAUUGGCAAGCCUCGGAGCGAGGCAAAGGAUUCUGGCCCCAUGCAGAUGCCGGAGUUUCACCGGGGCCAGCCAUCCGGGAAGCCCUUGGCGCUCCAGGCUGCUUUGCAUGGACAGUCUUCCAUUGGGAAUGGGCGGGUGCAGCAGGAGAACUCGAGGCUGGUGGCCAAGUCCAAUGGUCUGAUGGGCAGGGCUGGAGACGUGGGCCAGAGAGACAGCUCCAGCCAGACGCCCUAUGAACAAGAGUCCGUGCUCACAGCUCACCUGGCCAGCCAGAGCGGUUUUAGAAAAUCCACCAUAGAACAUUUUAGCCGGUCCUUUAAAGAGGCUACCAACAGCCUGGUGAGGACCACGGAAGAUCUCCGGUGCUGUGAGAAGCCAACGAGAAGACUUGCCACGAAAGAUCGCUUGUGGAGCAAGCAGACGCUUGAAGGUGCUCCGUACCAGGACAACGACGGGUACUGCCCGGACUUAGAGCUGAGCGACUCUGAAGCAGAAAGUGAUGAAAACAAAGAGCAAGUGAGGUUAAGACGAAGUAGCUCAGAGAGGGAAAGCCCAAGUAAGGACUUUGGAAGAGAUUGUCACAAUAGAAACAAAAAGAAUAUGAUUUCUCACAGUUCGGUACAAAGGUGA